GCUUCGCUGUGUAGCAAGAGCGGAAUAUCCCAACCCAGCCUCAAGCGGAGGGGGGGUGGAUGUGGGGUGAUCGCUCAGCCUCCCGCGCCUUGCAUGUAAAGACAAGUAGAGACACCCCCACGCCUGGUUUUUACCGGAGUUCUAGAACACUGCUCUCUGUUACAAAGUAUCAGCAGCCUGAGCUGAGCUAGGAAGGGAAGGGGUAGCAGGUACCACUUGGAUGGGGCAGAAGUUCUGUGAAUAGGGAUUCUGGCAGUAAACCUGCAAGUUCAGGGCUGAGCAUCAUAAAAGUUCACCUGUUGGUCAGCUAUGGCAUCCUCCUUACCGAGAACCCUGGGUGAACUUCAGCUUUAUCGUAUAUUGCAACGUGCCAACCUCCUAUCUUACUUUGAUGCCUUUAUCCAGCAGGGAGGGGAUGAUGUUCAGCAACUCUGUGAAGCAGGGGAAGAAGAGUUUCUCGAAAUAAUGGCAUUAGUUGGAAUGGCCAGUAAACCCCUACAUGUUAGAAGACUCCAAAAGGCAUUGAGGGAUUGGGUUACCAACCCGAGUCUAUUUAAUCAGCCUCUAACAUCACUACCUGUCAGUAGUAUUCCAAUCUAUAAACUCCCAGAAUCUUCGCCUUCUUCUCUGUUGGGAAUGAACUCCAGCAGUUAUGAAAGGAACAGCAAUACAAAGGAACCACAUGUGAAGAUCCCAAAAUGUGCAGCCACAACGUGUGUUCAAAGUGUUGGCCCUGGGAAAUCUGAUGGGAAUUCUCCAUUGCAAAGCAGCAGUGAAGGAAGGCACUGGCAAAGUCACCACACCACGGAGAGUGAGCACAGCCUGUCACCAGCAGACCUUGGCUCUCCGGCAUCCCCUAGAGACACCACAGAAACGCUGGACGCGGCGGCUGCUCUUUCUGUGGCCGAGUGCGUUGAGCGGAUGAUCCCUUCCUUGCCUAAGAGUGAUUCGAAUGAAGUGAAGGAGUUACUAAAGACCAACAAAAAGAUGGGAAAGAUGAUCGGGCACAUCUUUGAGAUGAGUGAUGAAGACCCUCGUAAAGAAGAGGAGAUUCGCAAAUAUAGUGCCAUCUAUGGCAGAUUUGACUCUAAAAGAAAAGACGGGAAACACCUAACACUCCAUGAACUAACCGUGAACGAAGCAGCUGCUCAACUUUGCAUGAAGGACAUUGCUCUGCUUACAAGGAGGGACGAGCUUUUUACUCUUGCACGCCAGAUUUCUCGGGAAGUAACCUACAAAUACACAUACAGAACCAGCAAGUCAAAAUGUGAAGACAGAGAUGAGCUGUCACCCAAGAGAAUCAAAACUGAGGAUAGUUUCUCGGAUUACCAGGAGACUCUAGUAGCUAUUCACCAACAAGUGGAAUCACUAAAGGAACAACUUGCAAUGGCCAAAGCUAAAGGUGAUGAAGGGUCAGCUCAUAAUUUACAGGUUCAAAUAGAAAAAGUGGUGGCAAAACAGAUGGAGAUUUUCCGUAACUCAGGGUAUGAGAGGCUACAAUAUCCAGAAAGGUGUUUUUCUACCGGGCCUUACAGACAAAAUUCAGAGGAGAGUAGCCCUACAGCCAUGGCAUCAGAUAGUUCUGACGGUCAAGUUGAAAGGCCACUGAAUCUCCGAAUGUCAAACCAUCAGAGCCGACAGCUACAGCAGGUGAUGACGGAUGGAGAACACUUAGGAAAGCAACUGUGCAACGAACUUAGCAGACUUUAUUCCUGCAGUGACGCCAACUCUCAGUCCUCAGAUAGUCUUGGAAUGCUCAAAGAUUACUCACAAACAGCCUUAAACACAGACAGAAAAAUGAUCAAACUGGAGCCAGAAGAUGCAAGAUAGCUGGCAAGACAAUCCAGUAACCUCCCCGGGAGUUUACCACCGUGACAAGCAAGCCUUAAACUCUCACCAGUGUUGCCUCAUCAAUAUAUUCAAUACCGUGUUCAAAGCCAAAGCUCACAGACUGAUACCAUUGGUAAUAAGAGAAGCAGGACUGCUAACACAAUCUAUGGGACACAUUCCUUGCAAAGCCUUUUACAAUAAGGCACAGCUCACAAAUUAAUACAGUGGGCUUCCAAUAUUUAAGAAUGUAAAAUGUUAUUAUUUUUUCUUAUUAUUUUUAUUUUCUAUAAGUUAUAAAACAGCAUAGAUUUUAGAACAUGUAUUCAAUUUAAUAGAUGUGAAUACUGUUCAUUUUACUUGAAAUGUCAGUGUCUGUUGUAUUUUACACAUUAAUAGUACUUAUGUUAGGGUUAAGACAUAUUCUAGGGAUAACAAGAAAGAGUAUUUGACUGGCACAAUAAUAAGCUGGCAAUAAGACUAUACUGAAUGAAUAUCUGUUUGGAAGUGGAAGGUUCACGUGAAUGAUAUAUGUAUAUGUCUAAAGCAGAGUAUAUGUAAUAUAUAAUAUUAGUAUAAGUAGUACUGUGAAAGUCUUAAUGUCUUCUUGCAACCCACUGUACGACGUUUGGGAGUCUCUAGAUUGAUAUAAAAAAUAAUUCACAAGCAUUUAACUAAAUAUUUUACCCAGAAGCCUUUGCUGCCUGUGCCUGCAGCUCAAAUAUUUUAUUAUGGAGAUAUACGGGGUAUACUCCUUUAGGGAUUUAUCUCUGGUACAUAGUCUGCAUUGCCAUAUGUGUAAUCUGUCUCUAUUUUGUUUACUUCGAUUCAAUGUGCAUUUAGUGACAUAUGUGGUUUGAAGCAUUAUUACACCCACCAGUUUUCAGCUAGUUUUCAGCUAAAUCUAUCUCAGUACUUCG